CAACCAAUUGACCAUACACUCAACGUAACCAAUCAACACCAUGAGCACUACUUCUGCAGAGAACAACGAGCUGGCGCGCGAGCUGGCGUUUGCGGCGCACAUCGAGAGCCUGGACGAGAUUCGUGGGGACGCACGGGCGACGGUCGACGCUAUCGAUGCCUACUGCUGGGCCGGACAGUGGAUGAUGAAUGUCGGCGAUGAAAAGGGCCAGAUCGUGGACGCUGCCGUCGCGGAAGCCGCACCUGACGUCAUCAUCGAGCUCGGGAUGUACUGCGGGUACUCGGCGCUGCGGUUCGCUUCGCGGACUCCGGCCACUACCAAGAUCUUCUCCAUCGAACCGCAUGCUGGUCGCGCUGCAGUGGCCAAGCGGGUCUUUGCCCAUGCCGGCGUCUCGGAUCGCAUUGUCUGGCUCGAGGGCACCGCCUCGGACGUCUUUCCCUCUCUCCUCAACAAGAUCCGUGUCGAGCUCGGGCUCGACUCCGACGCCUCGCCGGGCAAGCUCCUGUUCUUCUUUGACCACGUCAAGGGCGCGUACAAGCCCGAUCUCAUGCUCGGCGAGAGCCUCGGCCUCUUUCCCGAAGGCGCCGUUGUCGUGGCUGACAACGUCAUCUUCCCGGGCGCGCCCGACUUUCUGGAGUACGUCCGCGCCUCCGACAAGUGGAGCACAACUUUCCAUGCUUCACAUCUUGAGUACUCCAAGGACGAAGACGGCAUCGAGGUCUGCAUCCGCGUCGCCGCCUGAUCCGAUGGAUCGCGCCAGAGCGCAGCCGAUCAUGAGCUGCCCGCCCAACCACGCCCCAGCGGCCGCCACGGUCAUCACCGCCUCAUGAAUACGAUGCCGCCCAACCAUCGUUCAUAAACACUAUUGCUGCGCCGCAA